UCGGAUUAGCAUGUUUACUUAGCAAAGUAAUAGGCUUAACAAUUCUCUGUCUCUCUCUUUUUUUCUCUUCUCUUCAGUUUAGAAUAAAAAUAGUCACGUGUGUUAGAGGAGUGUGAAACACACUACAUUGAACGAGAGCACACGAUCUGCUCCACUUCAAUUACAAAAGACCUUAUCAUUGAGCUCGAUGCAAAUAAGCACGUCUGUUCUGGUGACGAUAAUAAUAUAUUAAAAAAAAAAAAAUAAAAAAAAAAUCCCCGUCAAAGUAGAAGGAAAUUAAUAUAUACAGUCGAACCUGGAUAAGCGAGAACUGGAUAAGCGAGAAACCUCUAUAAGCGAGAGAAAUUUCUCGGUCCCUUCAUUUUUACAUGUAAAAACCUCUAUAAGUGAGAUUCUGUAAGCGAGAGUCAUUGCUCGUCCGGACCUCUAUAAGUGAGAGAAGUCGCUCUCGGACCUCUAUAAGCGAGAGAGACUUGUCUGUAUAUAUUCCUAAAAUUUUAUCAAAAUGUCUUUUGUUUUUGUCUCUAAUAGCAUUUGCUUACUUUUCUAAAAUGAAAAUAAAGAUAAUUAGCCAUUACCGUAGAUAUACACCCAGUGUAUACAAUGCAAACAAUUUUCUUUUCAGUUAAUAAACGAAUUUUGAAUAGUUAACUUGGCAGUGAGAGUCUCUUGUGAAUUAAUAAUGCCCAAACGAAAAAUUAACGUGAUUUCUCUGAGUGAUAAACUUAAAAUAAUAAAUGAAUUCGAGCGCGGAAAAUCACGAAAAGAAAUAGCGAGUGAGUUUAAUUUGCCGGAGUCUACUUUUUAUAAAAUCUUAAAAGAAAAAGAUUCAAUAAAGAGUCGAUGUGCUGAAGGACAUGGAAACAUUAAGAGAAACCGAAAAAUUGAAUUUUCUGACGUUGAAAAUUGUCUGUUAGAAUGGAUAAAAGAAAUCCGCGACAAAAAUAUUCCCAUGGAUGGCCCGUUAUUAAAAGAAAAAGCCAGAGAUUUUGCGACAAAAAUAGGAAUACAAGACUUCUCAGCUAGUAACGGCUGGUUUGAGGGUUUUAAAAGACGGCAUGAUAUAGUUUUUAAGACAUUAUCUGGAGAAAGCAAAUCUGUGGAUGUACGUGUAUGCAAUCAGUGGACUAAAGAUCUACCGAAUCUUUUAACAGAAUAUGACCCAGAGGACAUUUAUAAUGCAGACGAGACUGGUUUGUUUUUUAAGUGUUUACCAAACAAAACAUUUGCCUUUCAAGGAGAAAAGUGCCACGGAGGAAAACAAAGUAAGGAACGUAUUACUAUUCUUCAAUGUGCAAAUAUGACUGGUACAAAUAAAUUGCCUUUACUCGUCAUUGGAAAAUCAAAACGACCUCGAUGUUUUAAAGGUGUAAAAACCCUACCUGUAGAUUAUGAAAGCAACUCAAAAGCUUGGAUGACAAGAGGAAUAUUUAAAGGGUGGCUACAGAAAAUUGAUAAAAAUAUGAAGACCAAAAAAAAAAAAUUGUUAUUUUUAUGGACAAUUGCACUGCACAUACAGAUUUACCAACUCUCGCAAAUGUGA